GACCAUCUUCCUGAACUGACGUUUGAGGAUGUUAAAAAUGUUACGUGGAACUGCAGUAAUUAUCCUCAGACGCCACAGGUAUGUUUUUCAGAUUUAAUGUUUUUAAGGGAUCCCUGGAUUUUUUUUUUACGAAAUAUACUCUGACUCAUUAUGUAAACAUACCCAUACUUUUACCCAUCCUAAAAGCUUUAGAAACUUGGGAAAUACAUGCAAAUUUUCUGAUUCAUACAUGUAUAAAUACUAAAUAGCUUCUGUUCAUUACUAUGAAUUAUUGUUACUCUAUGUAAUGAUAAAAGAGGUACCUACAGUGUAUUUGUAGUCAUGAUACUACUGUUUAAUAUUAACAAACUGCUCUACUGAUUAGGACUGCUUGAGACUGUGUAGUGUUGUUUCUCGCGUAGUUUCAAUUUGAAAAUCUGUAAAUAAUAAUUUUUCCUGAAGUAUCUAAUACUCCUAACAAAAAGCAUGUGAAAAAGACCUCUCAAAAUGCAGAUUUCAGACUGCAUGAGAGAGCUAUUUUUUUCAAAAUGGGCAGUUGACUGCCCUUGGUAAAAAAAAUGGUCGAAGCAUGUAUAGUACUUCCAGUAAACCCUGGGGCACAGUUGUUUCCUUUCCUUUAUUCAGUUUGGUUUAACUGUGGUGGUAGCCUGAGUAUCAGGCCUUCCUAAGGGGCUAGGGGAGAGGAGAUUUUAGAUGGGGGAGGGGGGAGGGGGAGAAGAGAAAGGAAGGCCUGACACAAAACCAUUCAGCAAAUCAUGUGACACAUCCAAAAUCUGGAUGUGGUAGUGAUUGGAUAACACACAAUACCCACUGACGUCAACGACCACAUGAGCGAUCGGCAAGGAGAAACCACUGAAAUUUUUCAAAGAUGUUUUGAUUUCAUAUUACCGGUAUGUGAUACUUUUAUGGACAGAGACGCAGAGAGGAAUUCAAAGAGGCUCUAGAGGGUGCUCUCAAGUUCUUUCCUGGAAUAAAAAUAAAACCCGAGCAAGAAGUGUGUUUUCAAGGCCUCGUAGUUUAAAGGAAAGAUGUACUCGGAGUAUGGAAAAGCCUCAUAUACCAGCUUCUGCCGACACUAUGUCCGAGUAUUGGUUUCACAAGACCGGGACAAAGAAGAAGAAAUCAGUGUUUCAGAUAUCUAAGUUCUGAUUUACAACAUCCUGCCGUUAAAAGGGUAUUGUUACUGUAAAUCAAAAUAGAGCGAGGUAGCCAUGUAUUGAGAUAACCGACAGCACCAAUGCUUUUAAAAUGCUUGACUUUGCUAGUGGCGGUUACGAUAGCGUACGUGAUUGGAAUUCGUUCACUUCCUGUUCCAAAAUUUUCUCACUUUUGAAAUGUCUUAAGCUCAAGCGGGUGCCAUCAUAUUUCGCCAACGGGAUUGAACUUUGCUAUAGGCUCUCACUUCUUUUUGAACUUGUAACAGCUUUCACGAGCUCUCUGUGAAGUGGUGGAAUUUGCUGCUGCUUGAUAAUUUCUAGGCAUAGGUGUUUCACCAUCGCACCUUCCUAUUUAUUCUUGCAGCUCCUCUCAACCACCCGAGAAUACGAGGGAUAACAUUAGCUUUUUAGCUGCCAGACAAGCGCCUGAUGUAACUCUGUAAACAAAAGCAAUUUACAAUUUUCCGGGCAAACGUUUAUUUACAAACAGAGCGUUGGCGAUCUUACACUAGCACAAUUUCUAAAACAUGUAUAAUUCCUCAAAAACACGUAUUCGAAAACGCCUCAUUAAAGGUUUCAGAAAAAAGCGAAAUCGUAACAACACAAGCACCGGAGCUCGGCCAGACCGUAAAGUGAGAUUUAUUUUAGGCGAGCUUUUUGACACGUGAAGCUGACAACCCAAUGACCGGAAGUGAUUUUGAUUGGAUGAUAUCGAAUCAUGCUGUGUGGGGGUGGAAGGCUCCAGUAAAAGCAUCUGUGUCAGGCGUUUCUCUCCUUCAGCUCUCUCCCUUUUUCGCUUCCAUCUUUCCCCUUUUCCCCAGAAACGCCUGAUACUCAGGCUACUGUGGUGGUGGUGGGGGGAGGUAUUUGGCAUGUGAAAACAUAUCUGGGGGAGUACAGUCUGAUUGUCAAGUAUUCAAAAAAAAUAACUUUCCAACCCUACUCCAAGGGCUAAGCCUUUCUGUAGAUCACAUGGCCCUAGAUGCAUAAUGAACUUAAGUUAAACUGUGCCAAGCUGCAGCUAACAGUGGUGUGAUCUAAACAUUUUUGCUUUGUAUCUUGUGGUAUAGGCCAUAGAAGAAAAUGCCACAAAGUCCAUGUGUUAUAACUAUGAUGAUGUAAGUAUUUCAAACUAAAUUUGCUCUCUACUAUACACCUUAUUCCAAAAUGGUAGCAAUACUACUUUCAUUUCUGUUUAUGUUAUCUUUGUAUCAUGCAGUCAUAACAAAGUUUAAAAUAACAAUAUAAUAAUUUUGAAAGUGUUUUCUUUUCUGCACACCUACAUCCAUAAUUUAUGACUGUAAUAUAUCAAGCAUGAGAUCCAUUGUUUCACCACCAGAUGAAACACCAAGAAGAGAGUUGAAAAUAUGACACACAGUGGAGUAUUUUUCAUGAACUUUGAGGUGCUUCAUCUGUUGAUGAAACACUGUGUCGAAUGCUUGAUAUUACUUCUCAAACAAAAUGAUUUUACAAGGAGAAAUUAAGGAUGCAAAAAUGAGCAGUUUUUCAUCUGAUUUCCAAACAAUCAUAAAACAUUAAUUUCCUUUGUAUUCUUUUUAAAUUAUUAAUGAGUUAGAGUUGGCUUUUUUGUAAAAAGUCAAGAGAGAAAGGGUUUUUAUUACAAAAAUUGCGGACAUGUACAUCACUAUAUACAUAAUUAUAUUUGUGUUAUUUUUUCUUUUUAGCCAUUUGUUUGUGUACGAGACCCAUUGCACUGUCAUCACAGGGAAAACAGGUGAGUUAAUUAAACAUAAAAUAGUAUUACUGCCAUUGCAUAGAGUUAAGCAGUCCUACUUCUAGUGUAAGAAGACACCAAAAACUUCGUAAGGGAUUGAUAAUUAUUAUCAUUAUCAUAAUUAUUACACUUAUAAGUAGUAUUAAUUAUUAGUGAGGAAGGGGUUAAUUUUCAGUCCCUCCAUGACCAUUAAUCAAUUAAUAUUAUGAGUAUACCACUUGUUGAGAAUAAAACAUGUUGUCCUAGCUAGCUGACAUAUCUUGCAAAUCUUAAUCUUGCAUUUGUUUCCAUGCAAAAAAAUAAUUUCGGGUUUCAGUGACUGUAUUGUAAAAGAGGAGUGAAAGUGAUAAUAUAUAAAGUUGUAACUGUCUAAUAAAUUGUUUUCUCUUGCUUUAAGUGACAUGAGAUUUGUUACAAGGCCCCAGUAUGGAGAUUAUAAAUACCUUCCAAAGUCAUUGUGGCUUAGUGUUGUUUUGGUGAGUACGUACUUUUAUGUACUUGUGACACUAAGGGCCUGUUUACAUGGAGAUGAGAGUCCCCAGGUAGGUGAGGUAACCCGUGGCAGGUCACCUCACCUGUCAUGUAAACAUGAUCAAAUUAAAAUAAGAGAUUAUAUGGACAGAUGGGUUACCUCACCUAAGUAGGUUACCUCACCUACCUGGGGUCCCCCUCCUCCAUGUAAACAGGCCCUAAUUUUGCAUACUGACACAGAACGUUCUCCUGGAAAAGGGAAAUUUUUUAUCAGCAGUUUAGUCUCAAACUCAAAAUGUUAGCGUCUGAAUAAUUGUUUUGUGGUGGAAAAAUCUACUCUGUGAAAUUCAGUUUUUUAAUUAAUUUCCUCAUACAAAAAUACAGGGACAAAGCAAAAAGAAAUAAUUAUGAUAAUAAUAAUAGUAAAUAUUAUAAAGAAAGAAAGAAAGAGGGGGAAAAGGUGCUAAAACAGAACAGUGCCAAAUACAGUGGUUACAAAUCCACUUAAUUUUUACAGUGCUACUUAAUUACAAAUAGAUGCUAUUACAUUUCCUUAAAGAAUUGGUUAAGAGAAUUUGUUUGUAUAUGAAAGCUUUUCCCAUCAGGUGAUUAUUUUAUUAAUUCUCACAACUUUUCCCCUUGAUUAUGUAUUGGUUUUGUUGGGAGAAAAUUGACUUAAACUGAACUUGGCCACUAUGUGGAGGUGUUCGCCACUGUUAGUUCAACUCCACUACCAUACUUGAAAAUAGCCUAUUGGUUUGAUUCUUGCCAAUUGAUUUUUUUUUUGGACGUUUUGUCCAUUUUGACACAUUUCUUUGAUCACCCUAGAAAGGUUGAUUUUAACUGUAUGUAUUUAAGUGAUUUACAGUUUAACCUCCACUAACCAACAGCCACCUCUCUUUCACAACCACAUUUUUCUCUCGCGAUGGACAGUCCAUACAUUGACUCUUGUUUAAAACCUCUCUACAACUGCCACCUCUCCACAAUGACCACUUUUUUCUGCCCCCAAGGUGACUGUAUGUUGAGAAGAGGUUCAAAAGUAUUUCAUUUCCCUCAUCGGUGAUAUUAUUUCGCUCAUAUUUUUUCUCCACUUCAUAGCAUGGUGGAGUAGCAUUCUUGUACCAUCCAUGUGCGAGACAAGAUCUGAUAGAUCAGUUAAAAAGAAUGGCUGUCAGCUGUCUUCACAGGCAUGUCAUUACACCCUAUGAACGACUAAGCCCCUGCAAGGUAAACAUUACUAUUUUAAUUCACAGCAAGCCACUAACCUGUCUUUGGACAUUCUUUUGGAAACUGGGAGACUAUUUUUGUACAUGGAAGACCUUGAAGCAUUAGCCAUGAUAUAUAUUUGGCCCAUUAUCAUUUAGACAUUUUAUUUUAGAUCUUAAAAUUAUUCUGUUUUCUGAGACUUGACUUCCUGAGGCUAAUUAAACAAAUUAAUAGUGAUAAAUAUUGUUAAUUGUAUUAUUGCAAUUUGUGCUGGCAAAAGGGUGCUCCACUUACUUAAAUUGCAGUACCCAAUCUCAUGUUUCUUAAUGAGCGGAGUAAUAGAGUGUAUUCACACACGUGGCCAGCUUCUAUGCAAAUUUAUAGGAACAAAAGAAAUUAUUUUACUUAAGAAAAGAGUCCAACUCCCAAAGGAUUUGUUUGGAACACCGAUAUGGCUGCCAUGUCAUUGUUUUGGAACACCAAUAUGGCUGCUGUGAUGUCAUGUGAAUACGCUCUAUUGCCUCUUAUUCAGCCAGAAUCUUCAAGGGUUGGUUCAUGUCUUUUCAACACACAAUUUUUUACUAGUAACACUGUAAUUAAAAUGAUUCACAUAAAUUCAUUUGAUCCUGAAGGUGACAAAAUUUAUCAAUCCCUAUAUCUGUUAUACUUCCAUCUCUUAAAUUCCCACUGGCCUCUUGGGUUUGCUUCUUUCGUGUUCAUUCUAACUUCCUUGCUGACCAUUUCAUCUUUCUUUUUUUUUAAACUGUUUAGCCUAUUGCCAUGGUUGCCUGGAGCUGCUUUUACUCAUCAUCGGAGUUGAACAUUUCAGAAGGAAAACUUUGGAUCAGGGAGAAGGCCAUGAGAGGUCCAGCAAGCCAUGUGUCGGAAAAUGGCCAGUAUACUGAUGGACUCAUAAAGCCAGCAGCAACAGUUUCAGAUAAGCUUGACACUNUAUACUUCCAUCUCUUAAAUUCCCACUGGCCUCUUGGGUUUGCUUCUUUAGUGUUCAUUCUAACUUCCUUGCUGACCAUUUCAUCUUUGUUUUUUUUUAAACUGUUUAGCCUAUUGCCAUGGUUGCCUGGAGCUGCUUUUACUCAUCAUCGGAGUUGAACAUUUCAGAAGGAAAACUUUGGAUCAGGGAGAAGGCCAUGAGAGGUCCAGCAAGCCAUGUGUCUGAAAAUGGCCAGUAUACUGAUGGACUCAUAAAGCCAGCAGCAACAGUUUCAGAUAAGCUUGACACUGAUCUUUGUCCAGACAACAUAAAGGUCUGUAUUUAUGGUCUAUUUUGAUCAUCUUGUAUAUUUUUAUGUAUAGUAGUGUAUGAUAUUGGGUUUGGAACAAAGAGAAAUUAUAAAAGAAAACAAAAAUAAGAUCAAACCACAGAAUGUGCUUGUGUAGUGUACAGUAAGUACUGUUUAUAAAAACGAGCAGGAGUUAUCAUCAGGUUUAAAAACUCAAGGUGAAGCUGGAUUGUUUACACCUGAUAAUACGCAACUGUGAGUUUUUUGAAUGGCUUCAAAAUCUCUGAUAUAGAACAACUCAUUCUUGCACUGAUAUUUAGAUUCGGGGUCAUUUUGGUCUAAAAAUUUUUGAGGUAAAGUUAAGCUGUGUCUCUAUCAGAUAUAAAGACACUCAUUAAACAGAAAAUAUCUUUUGUUUUUUCUUUAUGAAUUAUCAUUGGGUUUUUUAACAAUAUUUGCAUCUUUAUAACAAUGAAAUACCGUAUGUUGUAUUUAUUGUAAUGUAGGAUGUAGGAUGGUACUUUUCUCUACCAUAGGCAGGAACCAAACAUCAACAGGCAAACUGAAAUGCCCUCUGUCACACAAUUGAUAUGGGUUUGCCUGAACCUGACUGCGACAGCCCCUCCCCCACUCCCCCCUUCUGUGCUCUUCAUAAAAAAAAAAGAACUACUAUAACACAAGUGACCACAUUACAGUUGGCGUGAGAUACUUCACUUGUGUCUUCCAUAAGCUGUAGAAAAAGAAGUAAGAGGGAUCUGGACAAUGGGUUUGAAAGAGUGCUAAUCAAACAUAAUUUUUAUGGGGAGUAAAGACACAGAGAAUUACGCGACAGUUUUCAGUUACUCAUGGUUUAAAUUUCACCUUCAACAGUGUAAAACUUGACACUUUUCUGACCUCAGUUUAUUCUCUCAUGCACUCAUGACUACAGAAUUUUGGUCCUAGGAAGUUUUCAUACGUACCUGGGUUUCUUUGGUUUGCCAACACGACAAUGUGUAUCUUAGUGAAUUUUCUGAUACCAUAGGCUUUGAGGCCUUCUAACAAGGUAGGGAAUUAAAGGGAAGGCUGAACAAAUAAGCAAGAAAAAGGGUACCAGGAGGAACAUGAUAAUAGGGUGUGGUUUUAGGGAGCUCUGUUUACAUCGUGCCCUCCACGCUUUAGACUAUGAUUAAUAUGAUUGUCAUCAAUCAUAAGAUAAGUGAGUAAUGUCGAUAUUGAUUUGUUUUCAGUCUAUGCUUCCUUUGUCACAAGAGCGUGAAAACAGUCAUUCCCAUGAAACACAACAUGAUCCAUCUCAAAAUGACUGGUCAAAAGACAGUGAGAAGUCCAUCUCAAUACAAAAUUCAAAACUUGAAGAAGUAUUUAUUGUGAAUGAACAAAUCUCAAACAAUCGUAAAGUCGAUACUUCUAAUGCCGCUUGGGCCUUGGGGAGUUUGAUUUUUCUCUGUGCAAUUCUUGGUGGCAUGUUGAUCUACACACGGCCAUGGAAAACCAGAAACCAUUGGUGGAGAAUGGACGAUUAUAAUAGCAACACUAAAUUCAGUUUCAUGAAAACAAGAGGGCUUCGGUGGAAAAAUAGAAUGUCUCCAGGCAAAAGGACAUCAGGGUAUUCCCGUUUACUAACUGCUAUUCCAGAGGAAUUAGAAGAUGAUAUCUAG